AACAAGCAAAAACGUAUCCGUUUCAGCAAUUUUCUCUCGGUGCUCACGUGGGAGAGAUGUGCAAACUCGGCCAGCAUACAAAACCCAUGGCAUAUCGUGACUGAAAUAAGCCGAGCGGACACGGUAAUGAGUGAUUGCUAAAUUAUUCUCUUGAAUGCUUUCAUUUACAUUGUUUAUGUAUAAAAACAAAAGGCGUAUUGCCCUGCCUGUUAACAUAGUUUGAAACUCAAUCAAUGAGGACAUAUUGACCAGAGAUGUAGUACAUGCUAGAUGAACGGAAAAAGACGCCGUUUUGGGAACAUCCUUUGAGUGCACCUUUUAACAUGAACGUCGUUCAAGUUCAGACUGUGUUGUAUGCCUUAAGAUGUAUCAACCGUUUAAUGUCCUCUUAAGCAAGUCAUUACAGAAUUUAUCAGCCAAAAGGUAUUCAUUUCAUUCAACGGAAGCUCUUAGUAUUCAUUACACGGACUAUGUUUAAAGAAGGUACUGGCGUCUGAUGCAGCGGUUUAUAAAUUCACCCACAGAUACGGAAUCUUUCACUGCGUCGCCAGCUGUCAGCACGAGCACUUGGAAGAUGGUUCAGAAAAACUGUUGACAUCGUAUGGUUUGCGGUGCUUAUACGGUUCGUGCGAUAGUGACGUGGCCAUGACUUGAAUGAUUUUUAAAAAGAAAAUCACUGACACAAGUUUUACUUUGAAAAUAUAAGAUGGAUACAGAGAUAGGAGACAACAUUAUAUCAGUUGAUCUGUGGACCAAACACAAUGGAGCGGGCUCAAAUUUGUCAUAUACUGACGGAGAUGGGUUCGGACAAUCCGUGUCGAUUCCCAACGAUUCACAGAGGAACAUUAUCCACGGAAACCAGUCUGAAGUGGCACAAUUACCUCUGUAUUUGAUGUUCAAUUCGGACAGCCUAAUUUCCAUUGUAGCCUAUGCCUGUCUCAUGUUCUUGGCAGCCGUUGGAAACCUCACGGUUUUCAUCACAUUAUUCAGGAACAGGCAUCGCCGAUCGCGAGUGAACAUGUUUAUAAUGCACCUGGCCAUUGCAGACAUGGAAGUCACCUUUGUGAUGAUCCCGAUUGAAAUUUCCUGGCACAGCACUGUGCAGUGGUUGGCGGGAGAUGCCUCGUGUCGACUGUUGGCGUUCUGCCGUGCCUUUGGAUUUUAUCUUUCCUCAUUUAUUUUGGUGGCGAUAAGCCUCGACCGGUAUUUCGCUAUCAUUCAUCCUCUCAGUAUGCAAGACGCAGACAAGAGAGCUAAGAUAAUGCUGGGGAUUUCGUGGUGUUUGGCCAUGGUGUGCAGUAUACCCCAGAGUGUGAUAUUUCACUUGGAACAUCACCCAGAAUACUUUUGGUACACACAAUGCGUGACGUACCAUUUCUUUCCCUCGGACGCCCAUGAGCUGGCGUAUAAUCUGUUCAACUUCACUGCCGUGUAUGCCAUGCCAUUGGUAGUGAUUACCAUGUCCUACUCCUUUAUCAUUUGGGAGAUUACGAAAAAGACCAAACAAAGUCGAGAAGAGACGACUAGCAUAAACGAGACGACGUCCAGAGGAACCAGCUGUUUAAGGCGAUCAGGCGUGGGGAACAUAGAAAGAGCAAGGAUAAGGACCCUAAAGAUGACUGUCAUGAUUGUACUGUUUUUCGUGAUAUGCUGGACUCCUUACUACGUCAUAUCUGCGUGGUUUUGGUUUGAUAGUGAAUCAGCAAAGAAGGUCGACUCAAAGAUACAACGUGCGAUGUUUCUAUUAGCUGUGUCAAACUCUUGCAUCAAUCCGGUCGUAUAUGGCAUGUUCUCGAUCGAUUUUAAGCGUGAAUUUCUCCGAUGUUGCUUCAAAGCUAGAAGACCCCAGCAGACAACAUGUUCCAACAACUCCCGAGGGCAGUUUAUAUUUCGUAGAACAUCGAAAUCUUCCCGAAUGUCUUCGGGUACCAACCAGAACCAGAUCAUAGAGUGCAGGGAAAACAGCACCAGUAGCAGCAGUGGGAACAGCACUUCUAGACUGAUGAACAAACGCCCAGAAUGGCUGGAGCAGGAAAACAAAGGGGUGGGUGUAAAAUCUACAAGCUUGUCUAGUCCUAAUACUCCGCCUCUUUCCCUUCAGAAGGAAUGGCCUAAUUCGCCAGGAGCCGAAACAGAGUUUUCGUUCGUUGACAGCCAAAGCCGAAAAUAUAGCGCAUAUAGUGAUAGUAGUACAUGUAGUACAGCAAGGUUGGUGUCCCACAGAAGUAUACCAAACAAAAGUGACAAGCAGCACCGCAAAGAAAAUGAGUACAAGGUAUUAACAGACCCCAGUGGAGGCACGUUGAAAAAACUUAUUUACAAAAUAGCACCACGACCUCCAUCGACGUCUACGUCUUAACAAAUGAAUUGUAUGUUGAAGUUCGCAUUGCCUGCAAAGGAGGCAACAUAGGAUCUGGGAGUCAAACGUUGUCUCUUUUACUGACAACGGAAAAGUGUAUCAACAUAUAUACAGUGGGGCAAUGCUUCAGUCGUUACUACAUUGUUUCACAACAGAUUAUCUAUUUCGCUAAAUUAUUUUUGUAGGAAAGUGCGUAUUUAUUUACUCCAGCCUUGCCAAUGUCCAUUUAUACGCAUUCUACGUAUUUUUCUAUUUCAUCCAAGGAUUCAUUGAAGUUAUAUAUAUGUAUCUCAGAAUGCCAAUAAUAUUUCUGGUACACUUUAAGAAAACACAAUGUGAUUCAUUGACAUUUAUUCACUGAAAAACUCGUUUUAAAUUAGAUGUAGUGUAAGAUUGUAUCCAAGUACCAUUUAGUCUACUUCAAUUGUAUAUUUUAAGGUCAAUCUUGGUGUGAUUAGGCGGUUUUCUUUUCUACGAAAUUUUGUCAAACAAAGCUUGCCUUCUAUAACUGGGUGAAAAAAAUUGAAUAAGUUAUCUAAUCAUGAGUGACUUUCGUUGUGUACUAGUAGGCCUAAAUAUUGUAUACUCUGCAAGUGUAAAUGUAAGAUAUUUUCCGUCGCCUUGUACAAAUUGUAA